UCUAUUCACAAAGUUUCGUCGUAUUUUUAUAAGUGCUGAGUUUAACUUGGUUGGAGAAUUAUAUUAUAUUGACAAUGUCUCCGACUAUAUUGGCCAAAUUAGCAGUUUUGCUAUCCCUCAACCUUCUCCUGGUUCAAGGGUGUCCGUCGUGUGAUAACUGGAGGGGAACAGCUGAAGUGAUCUGCGCUAUCGAUGGGGUCACGUACGACUCCCACUGUGAACUCUUCGUGGCUCUGUGCAAUCAGGAUAUGAUAACCAUAGGAGAUGAUGUCGAUAUCAAUGACCUAUCAGUGCAAGGUAUAGUAGGAGGGUACAUAUCCCAGAAAGGUAAAUGUCCCACAGACGGUGGUGGAGGGAACUGUCCUGACUGCACCGGAGUAGCACCCUCCCCCGUGUGCGACACCAGUCUGGUGGAGUUCACUAGCAGUUGUGAGCUGGUUAAGGAACUGUGCAGUCUCUCUAUUGUUGCUUUUGAUGACGGCAUGGUAUUCACUGGGUUCUCGGAUGCUGAUUACUUUGGGUAUUGUCAAAGUUAUGUCGGGUGGAAAGGACCUUGCGCUGGACCAUGUAACGAGGGGAUGAGCUCCGCGAACGGUAACUUCCCCUGCAGAGACUGUGGUCCAGGUUCCUUUCAGGAUCAGAAGGGGCAGACACAGUGUAACCCUUGUGCUAGAGGUUUCUACCAGGAUCAGCCUGGAUCAACCUCGUGUCAAGCAUGCCCAGAUGGUCUCACAACCGUGGACACGGGAGCAAGAUCUAUAUCAGACUGUAAAGACGGCUGUACCCCUGGUACUAUCUCCGCUAGUGGUCUGGAACCGUGCCAAGCUUGCCCAGCUGGAGAAUACCAGGCAGACACAGGAGGAGUGUCGUGUGUGAAGUGCAUGUCAGGAAGCUACAGCGCCUCAGCAGGAUCUGCAGGCUGUCAGCAGUGCCCUGCUGGGGAGUACUCCGGGGCUCCUGGCAGUGCGGCUUGUCUCAAGUGCACUGCUGGUACCGCUUCUCUUGUUGACGGCAGCGACAGCUGUGAUAAAUGUGGACCAGGUACAUUCUCCCAGAAAGACUCUGCAAAGGAGUGUGAACUGUGUAAGAAAGGAUAUUUUAAUGAUGGAGCUGAGAACACAGACUGCAAGACCUGUACAGCUGGCAACUACGCUGACGAGGAGGGAAGUGCGAAGUGCAAACAGUGCCCGGUUGGUACCUACUCCAGUGCUGACGGUGCUGAAACCUGCACUCCUUGUGCCAAGGGAACUUACUCUGACACUGUCGGGGCUCUGUCUUGUAAUGCUUGCCCGGCAGGUCACAUGUCAGACGAUGGAGCCAGCAGCUGUACAGCUUGCCCAGCCGGACAACACCAGGACAGCAACAAGUGUGUGUCGUGUCCGGAGAACACCUUCAGUGCUGGUGGUGUGGAUACUUGUACUCCCUGCCCUUCAGAUCAGAUCUCUGCGCCAGGAAGUGAUAAGUGUAUCGCCUGUGGAAAGGGAAGUUACAUAAACCCUGCCGGUAACUGUGAACAGUGUCCUCCUGGACUCUACUCUGACGUCAUUGGUGCCAGUUCCUGCACCCCCUGCCCGGAGGGUUACUACAGUGACCUGAUGGGGUCUACCUCUUGUAAGAUGUGUGGAGCUGGACACUUCAGUAACUCUUCUGAUGCCACUGCCUGUACUAUGUGUCACCCUGGUUCAUUUAACGGUAAGAUGGGAGCUAAAGAAUGCGAGCUGUGCCCGGAAGGAAAAUACUCUGCUCAGGCCGGAUCUGUAGUCUGCUUCGACUGCAUUCCUGGAACUUUCUCUAAUACUACAGGCUUAUUCAAGUGCCACGACUGUGACACGGGAAGUUACACUGACAAGGGAGGACAGGAGGUAUGCGAGGAAUGUCCAGCUGGAAAGUUUAACACUAGACCUGGACUGCAGUACUGUAUGGACUGCCAACCUGGAAUGUUCAACGACGAGACCGGAUCUGAUUCUUGUGAAUCCUGCCCCAAGGGAAGCUUUGCUUCGAAGAUGGGAGCUAGCAUCUGUGACGAAUGUCCCAAAGGAACCUACAACAUGUACGAGAGAAGCCCUUACUGUACUGAUUGUCCUCCAGGAACGUUCGCUAACUCCACUGGUAAUAUUGUAUGUCAUGACUGUCCUAGCGGUCACCACAACUCUGACUCUAGCGGAGACAAGUGUCAUCCUUGUCCUAAAGGAACGCAUGCGGAGGAGGAUGGAUCUCACCACUGUACCAACUGUAAAGCAGGGUACUUUGCUGACGAGGAGGGCAGUGCCAUGUGUCAGCCGUGUGAACCAGGGAGCUUUGCUUACCAAACUGGACAAGAGAAGUGUACUGAUUGCCCGGCUGGUAGAUUCGCUUCUGAUAAUGCUACAACGUCAUGUGUAGCAUGUGAUAUUGGUCACUUCUCUGUACCGGGCAGUGCUGUUUGCAGUCCCUGUCCUGCUGGUCAAUAUGGCAAUAAGGUUGAGUCUGACUCUUGUAAUGAUUGUCCAGUGGGACACUUUGCUGGGGUUACCGGUCUGACUAAAUGUGAUGCUUGUGCUGUCGGAGAGUUCGCUGAAGCAACAGGAUCUGAUGAUUGUGAUCUGUGUCCUGCAGGAUCGUAUGCUGACAGUACAGGGUCCAGUUCGUGUUCUUUAUGUGCUGCUGGUGAAUACUCUGACCAGGGUUCUGGCUCCUGUAAAGUGUGCCCUGUUGGGACAUACUCUGACAGUCUGGGGAGUCCAUCCUGUUCCAAAUGUGCCGCAGGUACCUUCUCUGACUCUGCAGGAGCCUCAUCCUGCUCCUCCUGCGCUGCUGGAUCCUACAGCCCUGAGGGUUCCUCAUCUUGUGUACUCUGUGCUGCUGGCUCCGUCAGCUCCUCACCUGGUGCUGCUCAGUGUGACAUGUGCUCUGUUGGUAGCUACCAGGAUCUUACUGGACAGACUGCUUGUAAGGACUGUGCUAAGGGGAGUUAUGGCGAGGACGAGGGAGCUACUUCCUGCGAUCUUUGUCCUUCUGGUCACUACUCAGACAUCACCGGUCAAGAAGAUUGCUCUCCCUGCCCAGAGGGUAGUUACUCUGCCAGCACUGGAACUGUUUCCUGUACCCUGUGUCCAAUGGGCCAGUUCGCUGCUACUAACGGCAGUGUUUCCUGCACAGACUGCCCGGCUGGGUCUGUCGCUAGCAAAACGGGAAUGAUUUCAUGUGUAGAUUGCUCAGCAGGAAGUUACUCCGGCUCCGCUGGAGGCUCUGACUGUAGCCAGUGUAACGCUGGUAGUUACUCUAACAAGAGGAAGUCUACAUCCUGCACACCGUGUGAUAAAGGAUCUUACGCUGAUGAUCAAGGAGAAACAAGUUGUACCCUCUGUCCCAUCGGUACUUACAGUGACGUAACAGGAGCAGCAGCGUGCAAGGUCUGUGACGACAGUAUUAACACUGACGUGGGACAGGUAGAGUGUGAGGCCUGUGAGAAGGGGACCAGACCCAACUCUGAUAAAUCAGAGUGCGAUCCGUACAACAUUGCUCGGGAUAAGCCUGCCUCUCAGUCCACUACUUACAACAGUGGUUCGGACGCUAACCACGGGACUGACGGGGAUACCAACGGGAACUAUUUGUCAGGGAACAGUUGCACUCACACUGCACCACAGACGAACCCCUGGUGGAAGGUGGAUCUAGGAGACACAUUCCCAGUAAAAGAGGUGAUCGUGUACAACCGUAAAGAUUGCUGCGGAAAUAGGAUCGAUGGAUUCAGGGUACACGUGGGAAACACAGGAUCCUCUUCCGACCCGGUAUGUGGUGACGAUUUGAAAUCAGCUGACUUUAUCACCGGUGUAAAACACAUCAAAUGUAGCACCACCGGUCGCUACAUCUCCAUACACCAUCCAUCUACAUCAGGAGGGAAGGUCCUGACCAUAUGCGAACUUAAAGCUUACACCGUCGAUCUCGAAAGGCCGUGUCCCACUGGCUUCUACUCUGCAACAGGUUUCAGACCCUGCAAGCCCUGUAGAGCAGGAUCCUACCUUGAUAACGGCUCCUGCAACAUAUGUCCUCGUGGAACAUUCUCGACUCAAGACCGUGCUACCAGCUGUAAAGACUGCCCGGCUGGACACACCACCUACAAGCCAAACACUAACAAGUGUUACGGUCCCAAACUAGAGGGUCACUACUACGGGAACUGGUACGCUAGAUACGUUCAGAUCCCUGAUCUAGGACAAGUAAAAGACAGGAUGAACGGAUGGGUGGCAAAGAUAGGAGACUGGGAACUGUUUGACAAGGAUUACUAUAGAAGCCAGAAGGGAGUUGUUAAACAUGGUCAGACUAUUCCUUAUGAUAACCCUACUGUCAACUCUAUCAAACCAAUCAUAACGAACAAGUUCUGCUACGCUCCCCGUGACCUGGGAAAGAGUUACAGCGGUUACAGAUCUACAACAGUAUCCGGGAAGACAUGUCAGAACUGGUCCUCUCAAUCUCCUCAUACACAUAGUUACGGGGGAACAGUGUCUGCUUGCUUGCAUUCGUAUACCGACUUCUGGGGGGCUGAUAUAGAGAGUUUUAAUGUUGUAAAUGUGGAGGAGUGUGCUAUGAGGUGCAAGUCUAGAUCUGGCUGUAAGUCCAUAACUUACCAUGCAACUGAUAAGUAUUGCUGGUUGAAGAGGAAGGAGUUUGGUGAGAAUGGGAAAAGUGAUCACAGCUCAGUUCACAGUCUUAACAUUGCUUGUGUUAAAGGAGGAUCUGUGAACUCCUGUGUGAGUUUGAACACUAAUUUCUGGGGUGCUGAUAUAAGAGACAUGAGAACUAAGGAUAUAGAGGAAUGCGCGGGUAGAUGUAUGGCAGAGCCUCAGUGCAAGUCUAUAACAUUCAGUAAACGUGAUAGGAAUUGUUGGCUAAAGCACAAGGUUGAGGGUGAGAAUGGACCCAGUGGUGACAGCAAUUAUUCUAGUAUCAGAGCUGAUUGUCUUAUUGGAGACGACUUUGGAAGUAUAGGGAACCACAACUUCUGCAGAAACCCUACUAAUGCUUCUGGGGGACCCUGGUGCUACACAACAGAUGCCAGUACUAGGUGGGAGUACUGCGAUGUUCCUAAGUGCUCUAAUGAUGUUGAUUGCUACCUGGAGGAAGGUCAGACCUACAUGGGAACAGUCUCCACCACUGAGGACGGGCAGACUUGUGACAACUGGCCUGGAACUAGCACCAAUAUCUGCAAAAACACAGCGAACUCUGGUCUCCAUAAGCCUUGGUGUUACAAGAGUGGAGCUAAGAAGACCUGUGCUGUUGACAAAUGCGAACAAGAUUGUGGAGACCCAGCUUCAGGAAUCUGGGGACGAUUCCUGGCCAAGAACUCAGGACUCUGUAUGGACGUGGCAGGCUCCCCUCACAGCAGUAUGGGAGAUAACGUUCAGCUCCACAACUGCGAGGUGCCCCACAAGAGUGCAACUGAUCAUGUGUUCAAGAUGAAUAGUGACGGGUAUAUUAUCAACAAGAGGACUAACUAUUGUGUCAAUGUGCUGGGUUACAAGAGCACUAACCCUAACACCAACCUGAACAUGUGGACUUGUCAAUACAACAUGGGAACAGAUCAGAAAUGGGAGGUGCAGUGGAGCAAGUUUGACAGCUGUGCUUUCAGACUCAAGAACAAGGACACUCACCAGUGUAUAGAUGCGCCAGGUUCUGCACCUCUCCCCGGCACAAACCUGCAACAAAACUAUUGUGAAGAUGACGGUACCAGUGAUCACUGGUUCUAUUUCAUCCCAACUCAAGAUCGUAUGUGUGACUAUCAGUACUACGCUGGCAAAUACCUCUCUGGUUCAGUUCCUGGACAUGGUUACUACGCCAGUCUUGCUUCAGCUCAACAGGCGUGCAGCAGAUUGGGUGCAAAGUGUGGUGGAGUGACAAGAUCAGGAUCCAGCGGACAGCACUCCCUCAGAACUAGUUCUACUCCGUCCGUCAGUUCGUCUGGAGAGAAGUCCUGGGUCAAACAGGAUUGCGAGGACACACAUUACAACUACUUCGAACAAGAGUUCAUGUAAUGAUGCCUUCUCCAUCACUGUAGAAAAGACCGUGACCUGUAAAGCUCCUCUUAUGGAUGAAAGAUUGAACUUUCUCGAAUUAUUAUGCAAUUUUGGUUGAUAUUAUACUUUAAAA